AUGGUGCGGGUUGUUAUAAAGGGAGGUGUUUGGAAAAACACCGAGGAUGAAAUUCUUAAAGCUGCUAUUAUGAAAUAUGGAAAGAAUCAGUGGAGUCGUAUAGCAUCUCUGUUACACAGAAAAUCAGCUAAACAAUGCAAAGCUAGAUGGUACGAAUGGUUGGAUCCUAAAAUUAAGAAGACAGAAUGGAGUCGGGAAGAGGACGAGAAAUUGUUGAACUUGGCGAAGAUUAUGCCAACUCAAUGGAGAACAAUUGCUCCAAUCGUGGGGCGAACAGCAGCACAAUGUCUCGAACGGUAUUUAUUCACGGUGCUUCUUAAAAUGUUUUUUCAGGUAUGAACAGUUAUUAGAUGAAGCCCAGAGAAGGGCCGAGGGAUUGGAUGUAGAUGAAUCCUUGAGUGAAGCAAAAAAACUUAAGCCGGGUGAUGUUGAUCCAACUCCCGAAACUAAACCAGCAAGGCCAGAUCCCAUUGAUAUGGAUGAGGAUGGUAAGAAUUUGUUGGUGUUUUGAUCGUGUUUUUAGAGUUGGAAAUGUUAUCAGAAGCUCGGGCAAGGCUGGCGAACACUCAAGGAAAGAAAGCGAAAAGGAAGGCCAGGGAAAAGCAACUGGCUGAGGCUAGAAGGCUGGCAACAUUACAGAAAAAAAGGGAAUUGAAGGCGGCCGGAAUUGUCUUGGUUAACAACUUUAAAAACAAAAAGAAGCCUGAAGUUGAUUACAAUGCGGAGGUACGGUUUCUUGAUUUUUUUAUUUCCUAAUUUUUAGAUUCCGUUCGAAAAACAUGUGCCAGCUGGAUUCCAUGAUCCAAGUGAAGAUAGAUUCGACAAGAAACCAGUUAAUUCGAUAGAGGAAAAGAGGAGAGAUGCUGUCGAGUUCGAAGAACGCAAAAAAGAUCGAGAAAAGCUCAAGAGGAAGAAGUGGGUACCUAUUCCAUGUUUUAAAUUAUUGUUUUAGGGAAGAAGAUGCCCCUACAUCCAUCUUCGAUUCUAAGAAGCCAAAACUUCGGUCGAAACUCACGUUGCCACAACCCCAAGUAUCAGAGAAUGAUCUUGAGAGUAUUGUGAAGAUGGGACAAAUGACGGAAUCUGUUCGGUCUAUUGUUGAUGAAAAUCCCAGCAGGUAAUUAUGUGUGCCUGGUCGAACUCAGAAUGGUUAAAUCCUUGAACUCAUAAAUGAGUAAAAAUACUAAGCAAAGACCGUCGGAUUUCUUAAUGAAAGGCCUCUGCUUCGUUCCGUUAUGCAACCUCCAAAUUUUUAAUGGUUUAAUCAUUUGGGUGUUCUGUCGUAUUUAUAGCUUAAAAGAAGAUCUAAACUUGAGUUGUUAGAUUUUAUAUUAAUGUUUUCAGUGCUCUGCUACAUGAUAUUUCGAAAACCGAGGAUGCCUUUGCUCCUAAGUCCACAAGAACAAUGACUACAAAUGUGGACACCGUUGCGCGUGUAAGGAUUUUGUUUGAAAUUGUUUAUUUUUUGGUUCUUAAUUAUUACGCAACUCACGAUUUCUUUAGGCGGCGGACGACUUAUUGGCAAUUAUGACUGCGGACACUCCAUUAAAAGGCGGAUUUAACACUCCAUUGCACUCAGCGAAUACGACCGAGGGACUUACUGGUAAAUCUUAAUAAUAUGGUACCAUGUUUACUUAUAAUUUAGAUAAAAGAUAUAUUGAGACUCCGAGGACAGAACGGCGUGUUGGUGGAACGUUGGAAGAAGGUCAUGGAAUGUCCACAAAACUUCGGAAUCUGCCCAAUCCAACGAAUGACUUCGAAUUAGUUUUGCCUGAAGAAGAGGAGGAAGAAGAAGGGAAACUGGAAGACGUAAGGACAGGCUUCGUUAUAAGCUAUUCUUCAGGAGUGGAUCGAAGAUGCUGAGAAUCGGGAUGCGCGAGCUCAAGCAUUGGAAGGAAAGCGGAAAGAGAGAGAACGGCAGCGGAGAAGUGAGCCUUUCAAAAGAGAAUUACCAUUGCCCGAGAAGAUUAAUGCACAUUACAGAAAGAAGAAUGUGGCCAAUACUGAUCUGGCAAGAGUAAGUUACGCACCUUUUUGGUUGUUGCAAUUUAACAUUAAGGCUGAUAAUUUGAUAAAAGAUGAAAUCCACAGAAUGAUGGAGUGGGAUGUCUUGGGAAAGGCUCCUUCUGAUGUGUAUGAUCCCGAAAUGAUGGCUCAGGCAAGUGCUCUGAUUAAAAUGGAGAUGGAAGAGGGACCUAAACUUGAUCUCGGCAUGUGGAACAUAAUCAAAGAAUGCGCGGACGAACUAAUUUGUUAUGACGGAAGGUACACUCGGCUCAGUAGUUUGGGGCGGCGAGAACAAGUCGAGGCCUUGACAGCCAAAUUUAAUGUAAGUUGAAAUGAUAAAUUAUGCAAAUCAUGUCCCCAAGGCAAUUGAAUUUGGCCAAGUUCUUGUGGUUUUCUUUCCGGAGGGGACGGGACUCAUUUAAUCCCGGCUGAGCCAGCCUCUUUUAUUGGCCAUCUCACUUCUCCUCUUACACAUUUGAACCGGAACCCAUUCAAAAGAAGUCCGCAGGCUAAUUUCCUGUUAUGUUCAUACGAUACCUUUUUUGUUUUCAGGUUCAUCGAGAAUGGAUGGGCCUUCUUUCGAAGAAGACGGCCAAGAUUGAGAAGAAGGUUAGUGUUUUGGUCGGAGGAUAUUUGGUAAGUUGGGAGAACGAGGAUGGUUACCUGUCAUUCCAGGGCAUUCAAAAGAAUUUGUUGGACAAGAUUCAUCGAAGUCAAAAGCAGAAGGAAAAGUUAUUGUUGGAAUUAAAAACUUUCCAAAGACUGGAGGAGAAUGAAGACCGGGCGAUGGUUAAGCGCGUUCACACUCUCAACGAGGAGGUACACCUUUUUAUUGCAUAAUACCCGAUUUUCUCAGAUUACUUAUGUCCCUUAAUUAAUCGCAUGUUUUAGUUGAGUUCCGUGGAAUCAUAUCAAAGAGAACUUCAAGAGACCUACUCCAAACUCCAGCAGAAGAAAUGGGCAUUGGAGCAGUUCGAGAUCAAACAAAAGGCUAGCGAAUCGAUGCCCCCUGUCAGUUACAAUCGCCCCUGA